AUAUAUAUAUAUGUAUAUGUUAAUCUAUCAUGUUUAUUUGCGGAAUUUGUCCCAUCAGUCCACAACCGCCAUUACAGUUUUGGACACAUCAAUUGGAAUAGCUGCAAGUUCUUGAUACUCAUACAGGCGGCAUUUAAUUGACAUGUGUCUAAUUUGUGGUUGAUUCUUUUAGAUUUGCUCAUAGAUCACAAGGUGCCAUCCACUGUUCCACUGUCCAGGGAUGGUUUGGGCCAUUCCCAGUGGCACCAUCCACUCCUUCCACACCGAUUCAGACGAGCUCAAUGUCAUCGCGUAUCAUCCUGAUACGGACUGGGGGCCCAUGGAUGAGAACCAUCCAAUGUUAAACCGAACUUGGGUCGAUGGCGAGAAGAUUGACAACACGCGCGGGCGGCACGAGCGGGCGGAUCUCUUUCAGACCGAGCAGUCUUUGGUUCAGCUUCUCUGGACAUACCCCAUCCAACGGUUGGAGCUGGAUGAAAGGGAUGAAGCCAAGCAGAUGCAGGAGCGAAGUUGGAACUUUGGGAUUGCGAUUCUGGAUGAGGAGGAGGGUCCGCCGGUGGAGGUGCGUGGUGCGCCGGGACGCUACCGGGUGAGCUACCAGAGAAGCGAAGCGGGAAGGAAGCAGCUGCACGUGCGCGCGGCGGAAAAAGUGGUGGCUUCAGUGUGCUUUCUGGUUCGUGGAAUCCAGGACUUCAGGGUGCGGAAUGCAAGUAGAAGGAUUGAAUGUGUAUUAAAAUUAGAUUCCCUGCACCAGUUGCGAAAGCAGCCUGGAGAGGUGUUGCUCAAGUUUCCAGAAGUUUAA